GCGGGGUGGAUUUUGGGGUUUCUUCCAGUCUAGAAACGGAGAGGUCCAUUCACUGACCCCACACACACACACACACACACCCCCCACCCCCGACAAUAAUCACGUCCUGGAUGAGCGGCCAACCCCGGGCCUGCACUGUUCGCCGCGCGCGCACAAGGCCAUUCAGCCCACCGAGACCCCUCCCCGCCCCCCCAGGCUACCACCCGCCAGUGCCGUUUCUCCCUGUCGAUUCGUGGCGCUGUGAUUGUGUCCCUACCUCUGGGUCAGGAGGCCCAGACUCAAGCCUUGCCCGCUCCACAGGUGUGUGUCUGCGUGCGCGGUGACAUGUCCGCACAAGUCGAUGGAGGCAAAAUACCUCCCCGUUACCCCGUGACAGUACCGACCCCACCCCACCCCAGACAUCGAUGAGUACGAAAUAAAAAGGGGGAAAUAACCCGUCAAUUUUUUUGCCUUGAGCCUGCUCAACGACAGAGCUUUCCCUUCACAAACUCCACCCUCCGCUCGCUCCCGUUCCCCUCACUAUGUACACCCGCAUUACCGGCCCGGCCCCGGCCGCCCGCCGCCGCGGGAAGCCCCCUGCGGGCGCCGGUUGGAGUCGGCCAGGGCCCAGGCUGAGGCCGGGGGCGGGGUGGUGUCGGGGGAGGGAACGUAGCGACGGAGAUACCCCGGCCCCUUCAGGCUACCCGCUCUUCCCGCGGCGGCUGCAGCCUGUGGGAGCAUCGACCGAGAUCCUCUUCGUGCAACUGGAGGCCGUUCAGCCCGUCACACCUGCUGCUCCAGCUCCAAACUCCACCUCCCUCUCUCAGUAACAAAAAUCCGUCAGUCUCAAUCUGUCCUGUUUUUCUAUUAUCAGAUUUUAAAUGGGCAAGGCAUCGUUUACAGGGUCCCUACCCGUAGCAUCGACUUCCCUGUUCCUCCAGCUCGGCACUGUGUUGUCUCUGACUCCAGCGUCUGCAUUUAUUGCUAUCUCUGAGGUUACAAUUUUACCUGUUGGAGUGUUUGCUAAUUUGACUCCCGAAUAGUCUAAUCUUUAGGCUGUGCGCAUCCCCCGACUCCAAUAUGUGGAAAUAGUUUCCCUCUGUCUUCAUCUUUGCUAUCUUUAAAACCGUCGUUCAGUAAUUAAAAGGGACCUUAACGAUAAUGUUCUCACACACAGGGUGAUGCGUGUAUCGAACGUGGAAGUGGUAGGAGCGAGUAGAAUUACAACAUUUAAAAAACAUUUGCACAAGUUCGUGAGUAGGAACGGUAUAGAGGGAUAUGGGCCAAAUGCAGACAAAUGGGACUAGUUCAGUUUAGAAUUUCUGUUUGACAGGACCAAGGGGUCUGUUUCUAUGCUGUAUGACUGUGGAUAUAUUCCUCUGCCAGUUUGUGUCAGUUCUUCUAACCUCAUGCUUGAAGUCCAGUUGUCAUUCUAGUAGUCAUCCUGCUCUGUACUCCCUCCAAGGUGAAUGCAACGUUCUGUGAUGCCUAGUAUCGUGACAACUAUUACAGGUGGAGUCUUACCAGGUCUUUGUAUAGUAGAUGUUAACUUCUAUUUCCUUGAGUUCUCACCCUCUCAACAUAAAGGCUAUAAUUCCAUCACCCUGUUAUUUACUUCUGUGACAUUUUCAUUGAUCUGCAUACCAGAACUUACAAGUUUUUUUGGAUCUCCAUUGUUUAUAGCUUUCCACCUCUUAAAGGGUGCCCCCUUCAGCCCCAAAGCGAUAUUUGCAUACUUAGAAACAUUAAAAUCCACUUGCCACAUUCACAAUGUAUCAAUAUCUCUUUGUAGUUUUGCAUUUCUGUAUACACAGGUUAUAAUACUACCCAUCUCUGUGUCAACACAUUUGAGAAUGAGCUGCAGAACAAGACCUAAAAGUGUGUUUAGGCUGGAUAGCUUUUUUGGUGGCCUCCUGUUCAGUAUUCAUGGCUUAUGCAGUUGUCCUCCUGAGCUGUGCAAUGCAGUGCCGCAGAGCUCUGUGUAAACAGUGGCUGCAUCUCUUUGGCAGAAAAUCAGUGGCACCUUCAGCCCAUCUCCACACCCUACCCAUGCUCAGCAAGCCACAGCAGAGGAGGAGGCAGUUCCACUGGACCACUGGUUACAGGAGCAGAGAUGUGGAGUUCACACAUGUACAAUACAAUGUCCAGCGGUUAGGGUUUGCUGCUAUCACAACAGAAGACAUGGCUUUCUUUAAUGAUCUCCUGCCUGGCUGUGUGGUGACUGAUCCCGAUAUUCUGGAAGCGAGCAAUGUAGACUGGCUGCGGACAAUGAGAGGGUGCAGCCAGCUGUUACUGCGACCUCAGACAACGGAAGAGGUUUCUCAGAUUCUCAGAUACUGUAAUAGUCGGAACCUGGCUGUGAAUCCUCAGGGUGGCAACACUGGAUUAGUGGGAGGGAGUGUGCCAGUGUUCGAUGAGAUAAUUAUUUCAACCGUGCAAAUGGACAACAUCAUCAGUUUCAACAGUAACUCCGGAGUGCUUACCUGUCAGGCUGGCUGCAUUUUGGAAAACUUGAAUAAUUAUCUUGAGGAACAAGAUUUUAUCAUGCCCCUUGAUCUGGGCUCAAAAGGUAGCUGCCACAUUGGUGGGAAUGUGGCAACUAAUGCUGGUGGACUAAGACUGCUGAGAUAUGGCUCCCUGCGUGGGACAGUCCUGGGACUGGAAGUGGUACUUGCAGACGGAACCAUAUUAAACUGUCUAACGUCCCUCCGCAAAGACAAUACAGGCUAUGACCUCAAGCAGCUUUUUAUAGGAGCUGAGGGGACACUUGGAAUCAUCACCGCAGUGUCUGUUCUGUGCCCAAGGAAGCCAGCUGCUGUGAAUGUAGCACUACUGGGUUGUGACAGCUUUGAGAAGAUCUUGGAUAUAUUCAAGGAAUCCAAAGGCAUGUUGGGUGAAAUUCUCUCUGCGUUUGAGUUCUUGGAUUACAGUUGCAGAGAGGUUGUUUGCGAGCACCUUAAACUACAAAACCCACUGCAAGAGACACCAUUUUACAUCUUAAUAGAAACAUCAGGCUCCAAUGAUGUUCAUGAUCAAGAGAAACUCAAUAAUUUCCUGGAGAAAGUCAUGACCUCUGGUCUCGUGACUGAUGGAACCAUGGCUACUGAGGAAAAUAAGAUCAAGGCACUGUGGGCUCUGCGGGAACGCAUCACUGAAGCACUGGUCUGUGAUGGCUUUGUCUACAAAUAUGACAUUUCAUUACCACUGGAGAAAUUCUAUGAGAUUGUCAUUGAUAUGAGGAACAGACUGGGGGUGAGGGCCAAACGUGUCGUUGGCUAUGGGCACCUUGGCGAUGGAAACUUACAUUUGAACAUAGUGUCCCCUGCAUUUGACCAGCAGCUGCUGGACUCCAUUGAGCCCUAUCUGUAUGAGUGGAUUGCACAGCAUUAUGGAAGUAUCAGUGCUGAGCAUGGACUUGGCUUCAAAAAGAAGAACUGCAUCUAUUUCAGUAAGCCCAAGGAAGCAGUGGACUUGAUGCAGCAGAUGAAAGCGAUUCUGGAUCCAAAGGGAAUUUUAAAUCCCUAUAAAACCUUGCCAUCCUUCACUUGGUCAAGUCACUGAUGAGAGCAGAGGUUUUAUUGGGAGACCUGACUGCAAGUUUUCAAUUUUUACUUCUGCUAACCUGUGCUCAUCCUGAUGGAGACUAUUGUAGCUGAAGAAGAAGAAGAUCUUACAUUAAAGUUAUUAUCGAGCAUUUGAUCAUGCCAGAUCCAAGUUGCACUUCUGUUAGAAAAAAAUUAGAAUGUGGAUCUAUCUAGCACCUUCUGGAUGAACUGAAACACUUCUUAGUCAAUGAAUUUCUUCCAAACUACAAACUAUUGUCAUACAGAAACAUGGCAAUGAAUUUCUCUCCAUCGAGUUCCCACAAAUAUCAGUGUGAUCAUGACCGGAUAAACUGUUUCAGAUUUUGAUUCACCAUGGGAAAGCUGUCUUGCUGUUCUUCAGAAUUUACGUUCACUCCAGAGAAUAGAUGAGACUUCAGUAACAGUGCAUUCCCUCAACACUACACUGGCACCAGGUUGCUCAACUGAGACUUGAACCCAUCACGUUGUGAUCCAAGGUGAGUGCUGCCCAGUGAGGCAAGGCCAACAAUUAGCUAUCAAGCCCCACCCCUUUUAAAUACAGCAGCCUCUUGGAGGUGACCAGGCACCACCACCACGUUUUGCCAGUGGACCCAUGUCUGCUACAACCUGAUUGAGUCUGCACAAGGAUCACACAGAAUUUUCAUAGUCAAAAGACUGGACAAUUUCAUCCCAGGAGUGUAAGUGAGAUUCAGAGCAGAGUGCUGAGUCUUUAAUCUCCACUGCAGACACCUGGGAAGUACCUGAGGGAUGAGCUGACAUUCCCUGCCCAGAUCGCUGUGAAAUUAUAUUGUGAACAUUCGAGAACAUUGUUACCAAGCAAGAUAGGAGGAAGGAGGAUUCAACAGAAAUAAAACCUGGUUUUAUGUGGCAUCUGCUUACAAUGUUAUGUGUGAAUUACCAGAGUAAGCAAAACUGAAUAGUGGAAAUCUAAAACCGAAGUUCAGACAAGAGUCCCAACUGAAAUAUUGUAAUUCUAGUCUUUCCAAGCUUGUGCUGAUUUUUCAGCAGCUUUUGGUAUUAUGGGUGAUCAUCACUGCUGUUUGUUCUGUUUAACUCUGUGAAUUAUUAAGUGAUCAAUGAUAUAUAAAAGUCAGAUAGAGGAGAUCCACAGUUUUGAGAAAAAUCCUGACAGGGCAGAGAUUGCUGGGGGGGUAAGUACAGUGACAUUUUUGUCACUGAAGUUGAGCACCCAUUUUACAGUCUGUUGCAUUUCAUUAAAAAAAAGGACUGACAGCUUUUGGGGGUGUGCUACACUGUCCUUAUCUCAGGCCUGGCAGGUAUGAUUAGUCAGUGAGCAUUUCCACCCAUGUCCUUAUCUCUGGACCCCGCAGUUGACUCCUCGACAGGGCCAGGGACACAGCUUUGUAACAGUUCGGGCUUCUUCCCUUGGUUUGUCUCCUGGGACCUCUGUUGGCCUGGACUGUCCUGCACACACACCCCCACCUCCCCAAACACCAUAUUCGUGGCAGUGCUCCCUGUUCAGCCUUGCCCUUGUUACUGUUAGCCUUCUUCUGAUCCCAGCAUUCUUGCUUAUCAAUCAAAUGCUGCUUUUUACAGGAAAUGGCAAAUCAGCCUGGAGGAUAAAAAUUGCUCAGGCUGUUACUCAUAUGUGCAGGGUUAUCAUCAGCUUGCUGCAAGAGUUAAAAUCAAUGCUUGUACAUCAGUUGGUCAGUGUACUGGGUUUGAAAGAGGUUGAGGCAGUGGUGGUGUCUGGGAGAGCAAUAACCUCUGCAUGUCAGUAGGUCAGAUUGUGGAAUACCUGCACUUCUCUAGGUUAAAUACAAGUCCCUCAAGUGGUCUGUUGUAGGCAUGGAUGUUAAUUUUGCAACAAUACACAGAUUGAUUAUAUCAAUUGACUUUAAUCAUAUUUCAUGUUCUGAAUGUUUUACUUGUUGUACAAUAAAGCAUCUUCCCAAAAUUAACAA